CUCUUUAACCAACUCAUGAGAGAUGAUCCUUCGACUGUAAGUGGUGCCGAAAUUUUAAUGUUGGGAGAAAUGUUGACUUUACCACAGAAUUUUGGGAAUAUAUUUCUGGGUGAAACCUUUUCCAGUUAUAUCAGCGUUCAUAAUGAUAGCAGUCAAGUUGUAAAAGAGAUAUUGGUAAAAGCUGAUCUUCAGACAAGUUCUCAGCGUUUAAAUCUUUCAGCCUCCAAUGCUGCAGUGGCUGAACUCAAACCUGAUUGUUGUAUUGAUGACGUCAUACACCAUGAAGUGAAGGAAAUCGGGACACACAUCUUGGUGUGUGCAGUGAGUUAUACAACUCAGAGUGGAGAAAAAAUGUAUUUUAGAAAAUUCUUCAAAUUUCAGGUUCUCAAACCACUGGAUGUGAAAACCAAAUUUUACAAUGCAGAGAGUGACCUCAGUUCUGUGACUGAUGAAGUAUUUCUCGAAGCCCAGAUUCAGAAUAUCACAAACUCACCUAUGUUUAUGGAGAAGGUUUCACUGGAGCCAUCUAUAAUGUACAAUGUAGCAGAAUUAAAUUCUAUCAGCCAAGCUGGAGAAUGUAUAUCAACAUUUGGUUCAAGAGCAUAUUUGCAGCCAAUGGAUACACGCCAGUACUUAUACUGCCUUAAGCCCAAGAAGGAGUUUGCAGAAAAAGCAGGCAUCAUUAAGGGAGUAACAGUGAUUGGAAAAUUGGAUAUAGUGUGGAAAACAAAUCUAGGUGAAAGGGGAAGGUUGCAAACCAGCCAACUUCAAAGAAUGGCUCCAGGCUAUGGAGAUGUUAGGUUGUCUUUGGAGGCAAUCCCAGAUACCGUAAACCUAGAAGAACCUUUUCAUAUAACCUGUAAAAUAACAAACUGCAGCAGUGAAAGGACUAUGGAUCUGGUUUUGGAAAUGUGCAAUACCAAUUCUAUCCACUGGUGUGGCAUUUCAGGUAGACAGCUUGGAAAGCUGCACCCAAGUUCCUCUCUCUGCCUUGCCCUUACUCUACUGUCUUCAGUACAGGGACUGCAAAGCGUCUCUGGCUUAAGAUUAACAGACACCUUCUUAAAGAGAACAUAUGAAUAUGAUGACAUCGCACAAGUCUGUGUGGUAUCAGCCAUUAAAAUGGAAAACUGA